GGGGCCGCCGGGAGGCCAAGGGCGCCGGGCUGCGGACGGCGGCUCCAUGAGCUGCCAGGUGACGGUGCUGUACUUUGCCAGGAGCGCGGAGCUGGUGGGGCUGCGCUCCGAGAGCGUCUCUGUGCCGCAGCGGAUCACCUCCCUCCAGCUCUGGGAAGAGAUCGUUAAGAUUCAUCCCAGGCUUGCUGUCAUCCGGGAGCAAGUGGUUUUUGCUGUUCGGCAGGAGUACGUGCUUCUUGGAGAUCAACUUCUGGUCCUGCAGACAGGAGACGAAGUUGCAAUCAUCCCACCAAUUAGUGGAGGCUGAAUCUGUGCAAGUUCUGAGAGAAUUUAAGAAACUUAAAUCCUACACGAGGCCAUGUACACAAGCUGGAACGUAGGAAAUUCAAUGUAAACAUGAGGAAAAAAUUCUUCACUGUGAGGGCGACAGAACACUGGGACAAGCUGCCCAAUGAGGUUGUGGAGUCUCUUUCUCUGGAGGUAUCUGAAACCCACCUGAAAACUUUCCUACAUGAAUGCAACCUACUAUAGGGAAACUGCUUUGGUAGGGAGAUUGGAUAGAUGAUCUUGAGAGGCCUUUCCAGCCCCUACAGUUCUGUGAUGGAAAUCAUCUUACAGACAUAAAAUUCAUCAACAUCUUCUUCUGAUCAUUUUUGUCACAAGGCCCCUUACAAUUGCACUUACCUGUACAUUGAAGAUGUCCUGAACACAAUUCACGGAAUGAGUCACCACAACAUCCCUCUGCAUGUACCUUUCAUUAUUUUCUUUGAAAAGUCCUCUAGAAGACACUCGGGAGGCCUGGAGAUCUGCAUCCAAUGUUGCAUUGCACUUUAUAGCUACAAGAAAAAUAACAGUACUUUUUUUUUUUUUUUUUGCUGAGCCAUACUGCCUGUGAUCUCAUUGCUAUGCUCAACACUGCAGAAUGACCAGACUUUCUAAACCACAAUAAAUAUUUUACUUUUUUCAUAGUAAUCACAGAACAUUCUCAACAUGAUAAAAUUUUCUCUUGUGUUUUCCAAAGCAGUCAAACAGUUUUAAAUCCUGAAGUAAGUUCUCAUCCAUAGAGAGCACAUUAAAUGGCAAUCAAUUCAGUCUCCACUUCAGAUGGCUGAGCCUGCAUCUCAGGCAGAAAGCCAGUUAGCAGGGCCAGGAUUAUAGCAGAUAAAAAGGCACUGCAAUCAUAUCCCGAAUUCUGAGACGACUAUAAAAAAUCUGCAUCUUUUCUUCGAUCACAUCAUAAUUUCUGUCUUCUUCUAUUCCUAGGAUGACUAAUACACCUAGAAAGUUCACUUUAAUUUUAUAGCUAACAAUCACAAGUUCCAAAAGGCACUGGGUGUAGGACUGAAGCAGUCCAACUGGUGUUGGACUAAAUGGCUUCAUGAGAGAUGAGUGCUGGUCUCAGAAAUAUUCUGAGCUCUCCUGUUCUCUGAACAGAAAAGGUUCUCUCCAUGGACUUCUGUACUGAUCUUAUGGAAAUUAUUUUUGUGCUGAAGAAAGAAGAGUCUGAAGUCUGCCAUUGAAACAGCAGCUCACAAAGACUGUACCCAAACAAGCAUCUUCCAGAGAUACCCAUUCACCCUUACUGAAGUGUGUUGCCAUAUGUGAGUGACAUCAGCUGAAGGAAAAAAAACAGAACUGGUGAGCAAAGGCUAAAAACAUAAAGUAAAAUGAAAAGCUUCUCAGUAUCAACAUUUUCUGGGUU